AUGGAUGCUAAUUCUUCACUAAACGUUCUGCCCGAAACUGAUUUCGGUCCCUCAGCCUCGGGAAGAUUUGAUUUUACUGUCUUAUUUGAGAAUGUUGUGCUAUCGAUUGUCCCAUCUGCCUUGUUCUUGAUUCUUGUCCCGCAAAGACUACUAUGGCUGAAGAGGGAGCCACGAAAAACUGUUGAGAAUUCGCGUCUUCUUAUCAAAUUGGGUCUGAUCACCCUCUAUACUGGACUGCAGCUCGUGGUAUUGACAUACUGGACGGUUGGACCUCUGCCUACAUCUAAACCUCAAAUCGCUGCAGCGGCUCUUGUGUUUGUGAACGGCCUGUUGUUGGCCUUGCUGUCUUACGUCGAGCAUACACGCUCCGUGCGGCCUUCAACAAUCAUCAACGUCUAUCUACUUUUUACAGCCCUUUUCGAUUGCGCUAUAUCAAGAACGCUUUGGCUUCUCGACGGAGCGCACGCAGUUGCGAGGCUGUUCACGGCAGCAACCAGCGCGAAAGCUCUCAUUCUCAUAUCUGAAGCAUGGGAAAAGAGGUCCAUACUGAGAGUCCAGUACCGCGAUCUAUCACCAGAGACGACGAGCGGUAUACUAGGCCGUAGUGUCUUCUGGUGGAUCAACCCUCUGAUGAAAUUAGGAUUCUCCAGCCUUUUGACUGAACGGGAUUUGUAUGCCAUCGAAAACAGUCUGUUGGGGAAGAGAUUAUUCGCACAAGCUGAGAAGUCAUGGUGCGCCGCAAAGAAAAUAAAGAGUAACGCUCUCUUUUGGUCGACGAUCUGGUCGUCUAGAAGAGUCUUUCUCCUUGGAAUAUCAUCACGUAUUUGCUUGAUGGCUUUCAAAUACGCGCAACCCUUUCUUAUUCAGAGAACAAUUGGAUUUGCGAGUAACCUGGAUGAAGAUAAAGCCAUUGGAUGGGGUCUUACGGGAGCCUGGUGUUGCGUCUUCAUUGGACUGGCGAUCGCUAACGCAUUCUACUGGCAUAUGACCUAUCAGUUUGUCACCGCCGUCAGGGGUAGCUUGAUCAGCCUGGUAUAUAACAAGACCCUCGAUUUGAGCAUCACGGCUUUUGACGAAUCAAUCGCUGUAACACUGAUGUCUGCCGAUACCGAAAACAUCUGCUUAAACUUCGCAAGCAUACACGAGAUGUGGGCCUCACCCAUCGAGUGCGCAGUGGCUUUAUAUCUCCUAUACAGACAGCUUGGCAUGGCAUUUCUGGCCCCUAUGGUUGUGGCAAUAGUCUCGACAACUGGCAUCCUGAUGAUCGCUAAGUAUAUCGCGAACGCCCAAAAGCGGUGGGUUCGUGGUAUCCAGACGCGCAUCGAUGUUACUGCCUCGAUGCUGGGUUCAAUGAAAGAAGUGAAAAUGCUUGGCCUGACGGAUGUUCUCAACAACAUGGUCCAGAGUCUGCGUGUCAGAGAAUUGGACCUGUCCAAGAAGUUCCGUAAACUCAUGUGUUGGCGAGUCUUCUUCCAAAAUACCAUGGAGGCCAUAGCUCCUCUCGCUACAUUUGCGACCUACGUCGUCAUAUCGCAAGAGACAGGCAACCCUUUGAGUACCGCUUCGGCAUAUACUUCUCUUUCACUUAUCUAUCUUUUGUCAAAUCCUAUGUCCACUCUCAUACGAACAAUCCCUGGAAUGAAGGCAUCGCUUGCAUGCUUUGAUCGAAUGCAGGGCUUUCUGCUAUCGGACAGCUGCAAGGAUCACCGCUUACCUCUCAGUGUCCGCGAUAGCCCAGGCCAACAAAACACCCAAAGCUUCGGGCCAAAUGCUGUUACUCAGGGCCGAGCUUCGAUUGAGCUACUCGACCGCUCCAACGAAUCAUCAGUGGCAGCUGGCCAGCCUCUCAUGAUCGUUUCAGAAACCAGCUUCGGAUGGUCCAAGGCUGAAGCCCCGGUUCUCCGCAAUAUUUCUUUUCCUAUCCGUAAAUCCCACUUCACCUUUGUGAUUGGCAGUGUUGGGUCUGGCAAAAGCACUCUCAUGAAGGCCUUACUUGGUGAGCUACAACCGUACAAGGGAUUUGUAUACACGGAUGCUCGACGAAUAGCAUUUGUUGACCAGAAGCCAUGGAUUCAGAACUUGACAAUUCGACAGAACAUCCUCGGCAUAUCCACUUAUCACAAAGAUUGGUAUGAUAGAGUUGUCCAUGCAUGUGGGCUUGAGCAAGACAUUGGUGAGAUGCCUGACAAGGAUGCCACGAAAGCGGGUAGCGGUGGUGUUUCUCUCAGCGGUGGCCAGAACCAGAGACUGGCACUUGCAAGGGCCAUUUACUCAAUGGCAGGGGUGCUUAUUCUCGACGAUGUCUUUUCGGGACAAGAUUCUUCGACAGAGGAGCAUAUUUAUAGGAUGCUCUUUCCAGAAGCAGGGUUGCUAAGAGAGCUUGGAACGACUGUUGUUUGUGUAACCAACGCCAUUCAUCGGCUGGCAUAUGCAGACCACGUAGUUGCUCUAGGCGAACAUGGCACAGUUCAACAUCAAGGCACAUUUGAGCAACUCAAGAACGACACUGAUUACUUCAGUGGUUUACAUCUUCGGCAGAACGGGGCUGCCAAGGGAGACGGCGACUCCUCGAAAGCCAAUGACAAAUCAACUUCAGCACCUCAAGGACCAGAAGAAGAGACUGAAUCUGCUAACCGAGCACUGGGAGAACUUGCUACUUAUGGUUACUAUUUCAACACAGUACCCAAGUGGCAUGUCCUGUUUUUCUGGACCGGUCAUUCUGUUAUUACUCAACAAAGCGUCAACAACUUCUACCUUGGACUCUACGCGAUGCUAGCUGGACUUGCAAUAAUUGGUAUCAUGGGUGCAGCUGUGCAUUACCUUGUUAUCAUGGUACCUUUGAGCAGCGAAGUUCUGCAUGCCCGACUACUUCGGACAGUUAUGAAUGCUCCAUUGUCAUUCUUCUCGAGGAUGGAUGUUGGCGUCACAACAAACCGCUUCAGCCGUGACAUGUCCGUCAUAGACACCGAGCUUCCGUUUGCAUUGAUUGACCUGGCCAUUGACACCAGCGUCACUAUCAUGUCUGUUAUACUGAUGUGCGUGUUCUCUGGAUACUUUGUGGCCACGCUGCCCCCUCUUGCUUUCUUCUGCUGGUUGCUUCAGAGAUUCUACCUUCGAACUUCUCGCCAGAUCCGAAUCCUCGAGCUACAAGCAAACUCACCACUAUUCACGCAAUUCCUUGAUACCCUUCAAGGUUUAUCCAGUGUCAGAUCCUUCGGCUGGGUGAAGGAGUUCGAGGAACAACACUUUCAGUUCCUCGAUGCAUCUCAGCGUCCAUACUAUCUCCUCUUCAGUAUUCAGCGCUGGCUAGCUGUUGUCCUUGACCUUGCAGUUGCAGCGCUGGCUACAAUCCUGAUGGUUCUCAUUGUUAAGCUUCGAGACAACUUCGAGCCGAAGUUUGUGGCAAUGGCCCUUCUCAAUGUGACAUCUUUUUCGCAGUAUCUCACGCAACUCAUCAAGAAUUAUACACAAUUAGAGACUUCUCUGGGUGCUGUUAGUCGUACUAAAGAGUUCUGCACCACAACUGACAGUGAGAAUCUUCCGGACGAGGUUGUUACUCCACCCGAGAGCUGGCCUCCUUAUGGCCAUGUGCAGAUCGACAGAUUGACAGCUGCAUAUACCGCUUCGGGUGAGCCAGUACUACACGACGUCAGUCUGGAUAUCGCUGCAGGCUUCAAGGUCGGUGUAGUUGGACGCAGUGGCAGUGGCAAAAGCUCCUUGAUGGCCUGUCUUCUCCGGAUGUUGGAGGUUGACUCGAAUUCUAGCAUUAAGUUUGACGGCAUUGACAUCACUACACUUCCGCGACAAACCGUACGAGCCUCUGUGGCAGUCGUACCUCAACAUCCGUUCUUCAUGAAGAAGACUACUCUUCGCGAUAAUCUGGUGCCUCGCGGUGAGCAGGCUGAAGAGAGGAUUCUCGCUGUGCUUCAUCGCCUUAGGAUGAAACAGGCUGUAGAGAAGCUUGGAGGCUUGGACAGCAUCCUUGAUAUCGAGAGACUAUCGCAAGGUCAACGCCAACUUCUUUGCCUUGCCAGAGCGAUACUAGCUAACAAGAAGAUAAUAUUUCUUGACGAGGCGAGUAGCAAUGUCGACGCCAAGUCCGAGCAACUGAUCCGACAGGUGGUCCAAGAGGAGUUCGUGGGACGCACGGUCAUCGCUAUUGCACAUCGGUUGGGUGCUGUUGUGGAUUUUGAUCGAGUUGCUGUGAUGGGGGGAGGAAGGGUUAUCGAGUGGGAUAAUCCAAGGGAGCUACUGAAGAGGGAGAGCGAGUUCAAGAGGCUAUGGGAUUUGAGCUCUGGAUAA